AUGGCCUUUGCACUCGGUAUCCGCCCUACAUGUAGAGGAGAAUUCACGACAUUUCAAUUGAUGUUCGUUGGGGCUUUGGGUCCGAUGGGAGUCGACACAGGCGUGAAAAAGUCAACACAUUUUAGCUUGCGUACCUGCGUCAAGCCGCUAAAUCUCGUCCUACAUAACGUCCGGUUUUGCGAUUUGAGUGCCGAAGUAAGAAGAACGGAGGAAUCCACAUGCCGUAACAAGCAUGUCGAUGGGGAAGCUUACUAG